CGAUACAACAUCGUUCCGUCAUUAAUCGUUAGUGUGUAUAUGUAUUGUAUUUGUGUAUGUAUAUUUAGUGUCUUGUAAGUUGGUUGUAACGAGUAACGACGACAAGACCUACGAGAUACGAAACAUCCGGGCAGUUUAGUGUCAAAUGCGACAAGUGUAGACAGUGUUUUAGUAGUGAUUAAAUAACAAUAUUGAGGUUACUGAGGGUUUUAUUAUUUUUAAAUAUUAUUAUUAUUAUUAUUAUUAUAUUUUAGUUGGUUAAUAUUCAUUAGAUAUUUAAAUAAAUAAUUAACAAUGGCAAAGACAUAUGAUUAUUUAUUCAAAUUGCUUUUAAUUGGAGAUUCGGGUGUUGGAAAAACUUGUGUGCUCUUUAGGUUUUCUGAAGAUGCAUUCAACACAACCUUCAUUUCUACCAUUGGAAUCGAUUUUAAAAUACGCACAAUUGAAUUAGAUGGUAAAAAAAUAAAACUACAAAUAUGGGAUACUGCUGGCCAGGAACGUUUUCGUACAAUUACAACAGCUUAUUAUCGUGGAGCUAUGGGUAUAAUGCUUGUUUAUGAUGUAACAAAUGAAAAGAGUUUUGAGAAUAUCAAAAACUGGAUUCGUAACAUUGAAGAAAAUGCAUCGGCGGACGUUGAAAAAAUGUUACUAGGUAAUAAAUGUGAAUUGACUGACAGGAGACAAGUGUCGAAAGAGAGAGGCGAACAAUUAGCUGUUGAAUAUGGUAUUAAAUUCAUGGAGACUUCGGCUAAAUCAAGUAUCAAUGUCGAGGAGGCUUUUUACACACUAGCACGUGAUAUUAAAGCUAAAAUGGAGAAGAAAUUGAAGGAGGCAUCGAAUCCACCAAAAAGCGGCGGAAAUCAACUAAAAGCAUCAGAACCAGCGAGAAAACCACCGAACUGGCUUUCAAGAUGUACUAUACUCUGACCCUAUGUUGUUACUGUUAAAGUCAUCUCGAUGUCUACCGUUUUUAAUUGUAAAAAAUUUUUUUACGAAUUUCAAUUAAUACCACCUAAUAUCAUAACAUCAACACAAAAAGCAAACGUUAAGACUGCAGUUGAUAACAAUCAGCCGUGCGAUAAAAACCCUUGACGUAUAAAAUUAUUCAAAACUUUUUAAUCAUUUUUAAUAAAUUGAAAUCACAAUCUUGUAACAUUAUUUUAAUUAAAAAUAAAAUAAAAAAACUAAAAAACAAAUAUAUAUCGGGAACACAGGGGACGAUGGUUGCCGUUGACCAAAUCCACUCUUGCACAGAACUCUUUUUAUUAUUAUUAAUAAUUAAUUGAUAUUAUUAAAUAUUAAAACAUCUUACGGGUGGAUGUGAUUUUAAAGAGAAAUAAAACGAA